AUGAAGCUUUGCGCCGCUUUCAUCGCCGUCGCCUCUGCUUCCAGCUGGCCUGGACAGGCCUACAACGGGACCAUCUACCAAUACUGCGGCACCAAGGUCACCCUCGCCGCCGCCUCCGUCAACGCCACCUGCUCCCUCGACUUCAACGGCUUCGACUUCGCCCACAUCUCGAUCCCCGGCUGCUUCUCGCAGGGAAUGGGCUCCAACAUCGUCGAAUGCAACGGCGUCGAAGGCGUCACUGACCCAGAAAACUUGGACGUGACCGUCUUCUGGCAGCAGGACUUCGACUUGGAUGGCAACUUGGACAACUCUACCUGCGCCGAGGAUGCCGAUAUUACCUUUUCUUGCCAGGAUAAUGGAGCUGCUCCAUCAGGUUUGUUUUUUUAG